AUGGAUUCUUCAUCAAGAAAAUCUAACAAGAUUAGAGACAUAGUUCGACUACAACAAAUCCUAAAGAAGUGGAAGAAGGCCGCCAAAAGCAAUGCUACAACUUCAACCACAGCCACAACCACCAACAAGAGCAUAAAGUUUUUGAAAAAGACACUGUCUUUCUCAGAGAGCUCUUCAUCCUCCACAGCCGUGACAAAUGCCGUCCCCAAAGGGUUCGUGGCGGUGUGCGUAGGACUCGAGCUAAAGAGAUUCGUGAUUCCAACAGAGUACCUGAGCCACCAAAUGUUUGGGAUUCUACUGAGAGAAGCUGAAGAAGAGUUUGGAUUCCAGCAAGAAGGUGUGCUUAAGUUUCCAUGCGAGGUGGAGGUGUUCGAGAAGAUAUUGAAGAUGAUGGAAGACAAGAGGUCACUGUCAUCGCCAUCUUUGGUGCUUAUGCAUGAUGAUGGAGAUAACUAUGAUCUCAUCAUCAACUGCUCCAGUAACUACUCUCCGGACGCUACUGACCUUCAUCACCACCCGCAGAUGUGCAGAUGACAAUUCAUUUCAAAAGUAUGUUUACAGUUUUGUAUGAUAAUGGAAUGAUUGUGGGGGCAUCGUUUCGAUUUAGUAUCUAAAAAUAGAGUAUGAUUCAAGGUUUGAU